AUGAGCACGGACAUAUGUGAGCUGCCGCCGCACGAUGGAAUGGCAUGGAUGCUGUCGUCUGUCGUUUCUGUGGGCAUUAUUGCCUCGUACAUCCCACAGAUCGUGCGCAUUGUAUCUGCACGAUCGUCUGUGGGUCUGUCGCCGUGGUUUCUCUUCCUUGGUACGCUUUCCAGCUGGGCAACGAUGCUGAAUGUGCUCGUGCUGCAAUGGCCUGUGUUGUCAUGCACGUUCCGCCACUGGUCGCUCCUGGCCAUGGAGUAUUGGAUGGGCGUGAUCCAAACAGGUGUGCAACAGCUCAUGUUUACCAUAUUGUUUGCGUGCUUUCUGCGGUACUAUCCACUUGACAUGCAAGCUCGUCGACGCCGACGCUCGCGCAAACAACGAAAACUGAGCCGCGCACCGGUUCAAGAGGCAGAUCUCUCGCUGCUGCGCCCGCCGCCCACGCAGCAGGACUCGUCUGACUCUGACAGCGAUGUUGAGUCGUUCCACCACCACAUUCAUAAGAGCUAUGGAGCGGUGGCAGAGUCGGCGAAUCCGACGCAGGGGAACCUGGCUUCGCAUGCUCACUCUCACGACGCGUACCACAACAUUCCCGCACACAUGCGCGAUAUUCUCGAGCGGCACUUGUUGCCCUCAGAGGAGGCGAUCCAUGGCAGAGUCGGCGCUAUGCACGAAUACGCUGUGGCCCGUCGUUUGGCGUGGACCGCGGCAUGCCUCAUUCUGGCCGCGCUAGGUACCAGCGUGGUACUCCUGACAGGCCAUGCGCCGCGCGUCCGUACAUGGGCCAACGUGCUGGGCGUCGCGGCCAGUGUCCUGACCAUGUGUCAGUACGUGCCGCAGAUCGUACACACGGCUCGGGCUCGGCUCGUGCGGAGUAUGAGCAUCACGAUGAUGUGUAUUCAAGUCCCCGGUGCCGCACUGUUCGUCUACGCGCUAGCUCAGCAAGUCGGUGUGGACUGGAGCUCUUUGAUGCCGUUCCUGGUAGCUGCCACACUGCAGGGUAUUCUUUUGAUUCUGUGUAUUGUGUUCAAGAUGCAGCAGCGUCGUGCGGGCAUCGACGACUAUGGACAGCACAUCGGCGCCGCGGCAUUAAGCGCCUAA